CGAAAAUUUUUUAGUUUCCUAAGAACCAUCGAACAUUACGUUAAUUCGACUUACAAGUAUUUACAAGUUACUGAUCUGUGUUCUUUUUUCGUUUUAUCUUACCAAAAUCCAAUCAUGUCUGCAAUUAAGUUUGGUAGCCACCUAAAAGAACUACGAUUGCACUUAUGUCAGUCAUCUCCUUCAAGCAAAGGAGUGCGACAGUUUGUUGAAAAAUACUAUGUACCAUUAAAAAAAGCUAAUCCAAAAUUUCCCAUUUUGGUGCGCGAAUGUAGUGGUGUGGAACCAAAAGUGUUUGCUCGCUUUGAAUUUGGACAAGAACGAAGCGAACAACUAUCUGAUCAAUCAGCGGAUAAUGUACUUAAGAAAAUAGAAGGAUUAGUAAAACAAUAGAAUUGUGGUAAAAGAAAAAUAAUGUUAUUUUAAUAUUAUGUACAUAUUAUAAAAUAUUGUAGUAAAUAUAUUUCAAUUUUUGUAGUCUGCUCAGCAAAAUGAUAUUGAAUUGAAUUAUUAAAUAUUUUAAAUCAUUUAA